AUGGAUGCCGAUGUCGAUGCGAUUGAUAUCGAUGAUGAUGAUGACGACGAUGCUUGUAUAUUCAGCAUCGCCAAUGACUGCCAUAGUGAAGACGAUGACGCCCUCACUGAUGAAGAUAACGUUAUUUCAGCAUUACACACGAAGCGCACUGCUGUUGACAAGGAUGAGUCAGCAGAGGAAUUUCUGCUGACUCUCGAAGCGGUUAUCCGCUUCGUUCAAAACUCUAUUGCAGAUGCACUAGACAGACAGAAGGGAAACGCAGACAAACAUGAAAGAGCAAAUCUUCUUUCAUUUGAUGAAGGAGACCUAGUUUUACUGUCUACAGUAAACCUACCGAAACACGCAGUGACAAUCGUGGGCAGCAGUAAAUUACUGCCCAAGUACAUCGGUCCAUUUCGUGUGUUGCGUCGAAUGGGCAACGCGUACACGAUUGAACUGCCCUGGAAGAUGCGUACGCAUCCUACGUGUUACGAUGGACUUCUCCGCCCGUACUAUUAG